UAACGUUUACAACAUGGAAACAAGUCGAAAAAAUGUUUGGUUAUUUUGGUUGUCAUUGAUGAUCAUAAUAAGAUUAUGCAUUGGUGAAUAUUUUGACAAUAUAAACAAUACUGGCCGUAUUCCAAUUAUAAUCAACACUUGGGCGUUCGAUCAAGCCAACAAAGCGGGUUGGUCAUUGUUAGAGAAAAAUAAAUCGUCAUUGGAUGCGAUCGUGGCCGCAUGUUCCGAAUGUGAAUACCUUCAAUGUGAUCAUACUGUUGGUUGGGGUGGUAGUCCGGAUGAAAACGGGGAAACAACUCUGGAUGCUAUGAUAAUGGAUGGUGCUACACAUCGAAUUGGGUCAGUGGCUGCUUUACGUCAAGUAAAAAAUGUGAUUGCUGUUGCUAAGGCUGUUAUGGAACAUUCAUCGCAUACGAUGUUGGUGGGAGAUCAGGCAACAGAUUUUGCUAUUGCUAUGGGAUUCUCUAAAGAAAAUCUUUCAUCACAAUGGUCGAUCAAUCAAUUUGAGCAAUGGAAGGCGAGUGGAUGUCAACCAAAUUAUUGGGAAAAUGUUCAUCCAAAUCCCAGGAACCAUUGUGGACCAUACGAACCAUUAGAUGAAUAUGAAUUUAAUGAUGAUAAAUUUCGCUAUAAAAUUAUUGAUCGCAACAACCACGAUACUAUUGGCGCUGUAGCCAUCGAUCAUAAUGGGAGAAUAGCAUCUGGAACCUCUACAAACGGUAUGAAACAUAAAAUUCCGGGACGAGUAGGUGAUAGUCCGAUCCCGGGAGCUGGAUCUUAUGCUGAUCAAGAUGUUGGUGGAGCCGCUGCUACAGGUGAUGGGGACAUAAUACUGCGUUUCUUGUCCAGUUAUCAAGCGGUUGAAAAUCUUCGUAAUGGUAUGGAUCCAACUCAAGCUGCUAAUGCAGCUCUUGGAAGAAUUAUUAGAAAAUAUCCUAAAGCUCAAGUUGGAAUUGUUGUGUUGGAUAUUCAUGGCAAUUAUGGAGCUGCUUGUCUUAAUAUCGAUGAUGGGUUUCCAUUCAUUGUUCGAAGUAGGUCUCAAUCACAACCAUCAAAACAUUUGGUCGAAUGUCUAAGCACAUCUGAUUUUCGUCCCAAUUCGAUUCUUACAAUUCGAUCAGACUUUAAAUUCACUUUUUGGAUAAUAUUUUAUACAAUUUUUUAUGUUUUUAUUCUAAAUUUAAGUUAAUUGUACAUGAGAAUUUUGAUUAUCAAAAUUAAAUAAACAUUCCGGAUAUUUUGGUACAUUUAAA